AAAUAGGGACAAGGUCGCGUAAGCCGCAAAGCAGCCUUCGCCGCGACUGUGCGCUUCCACAUACUGCAUCAGAUGCGUAGCAAUGAAGCCUUUCACCGACAUCCCUGUUUUCUUCUGCGUAGUCUAUGUGCACGUGCUCAGCGUUUGCUACGGCCAAUAUAACACAACAGGUCUCAGUGAAAAGAGUGCGAAGACCUGCACGAAGCCCCCCUUUGUUGGCGUUUGCCACCCAUUGACGGAGGCUUAUUAUUACGAUGCUCAAGCCAACACCUGCAAGAUGUUGCCACGCGGAGCUUGCGCCGGAGGAAACAAUCUGUUCCCCAGUAUGAAGAGAUGCACCAAACAGUGCGUGCCCCUGACUAAAUCGUCCUCAAAAGUAUGCCUACAACCACCAGUCGUUGGCCCUUGUGGACCAAUACAAGUGUCCUGGUAUUUUGACGCUGACACCAUGUUCUGUAAAAUGUUCAACCACACCAUAUGUGGUGGAGUAGGGAACGCCUUCCUCAGUGAGUUGAAGUGCCAAGAGGUGUGUCUACCAAAACAGAAGCCAGAGGUUUUCUGCAGCAAACCGCCAAAACCUGGCAGGUGUUUGUUUGCAAAGAAACGGUUCUUCUUUGAUGAUAAAAGGAAUGCCUGUCUCAUAUUCCCAAACAAUAAAUGCGGUGGCAAUAGAAACGGCUUUUCAAAGUUGGAAAAGUGCUUGCAACGGUGCAGCUAUACGGAAUCUACAAAGCCUUGCCCAACAUGUGAGCAACAAAUUAAUAAUGGGUUGCCUCACGGAGGCGCAUCUGGUUAUCCCACGCCGCCCGGUUACCCGGGUUACCCUUCCGUGCCCGGAGGUCAACCUGCUCCACCCGGAAGUAUCCCCGUACAAAAAUGACUGUUCAGUAACCAUUGAUAUAUUGUUGGGGAAUUGUUGAAACAACGGACUUCAACAAAUUUUCAAGAGCAAUCGAGUUCACUCAACUCUGGCACAACAAUAUUACCGUUGAGUGUUCUCAAUAAACAAUUUAUUGGGUAGUUUGUGUUGA